UUCCUUUCUUGGGGUGUCAUCCAUUCGCUUCAUAGACACCACUCUUAAUCUAUUCAUCUACCGUUGUACGUACCUAGUGCCUACAUACAUAGUACUACUAGGUAUUAAGUAUAGGCAGGUAGGUACUCACCGAGAUGGGUGUCGUCCAGUCUACAGCCAAGUCGAUAUGGCGCGCUACGCAGGCUGUCCAGGGUCUCAACGAUCAUAUUAAGAAUGUUCUCAAACGUGCCAGCGAGCAGCCAGGAUUCCCCGUCAAGAACCCAACCGAUCCUUACUGGACAGGCCAGCCCCUGUUUCCCGAUCUCGCCGAUGCAUUCAUGCCACUUCCCUCGAACCAGGCCGACAUCGUCAUCAUUGGGUCCGGUCUUACAGCUGCCGCUGUUGCGCGCUCCGUCUUUGAAGAAGGCAACCGUUGGGGGAAGAGACGUCGUAUCGUGGUCCUCGAGUCACGGUCACUAUGCUCGGGAGCUACGGGGCGAAGCAGCGGACACAUCAAGAGCACGCCGCACGAACUAUUCGCCGCCCACAAGUCAUCACUAGGAGCCACCCGUGCCGCUAAGCUCGCCAGACUCCAGUUGUACAACUUGAUCAUGCUCCGUGAGAUGUGCAAUGCCAAGGGUUGGGACAUUGCCGAGUGUCGCGAGCUACAGACGGUGGAUCUGUUCCUUAACGAAGAGGACCGCGAUGCUGCGUUUCGGAAGAUGAGAGAGAUGCGGAACCAUAUUCCAGAGUUCAGAGCUAAUAAAUGGGACGGACGCGAAGCACGAAAGUGGUUCGAUGUGAACAAGCUCGUCAAAGGCGCCAUGACGUACACGGCCGGCGCAAUCUGGCCCUACGCUUUUGUCUCCUUGGUGUGGAAGGAACUUCUGUACAAGUAUAAGUAUUUUUUGUUCCUGCAAACCAACACACCAGUGCUAGCUAUCGAGACGACACAAGACAAUCCAAAUUACGCCUACGGAGUUAUCACUCUUCAAGGCACCAUCCUCUGCAACCACGUCGUGCACGCCACGAAUGCUUUCGCGCCCGAGCUCGUACCCGGCCUACGAGGGAAGCUGACCGGGCUCCUGGGGACCACGACGGCGCAACGACCCGGCGUCAAAUUCCCCGACCGCAACGGCAAGAGGUCGUGGUCCGUCAUCUACGGGCAGCACUCCGACAACGCCGUCCAGCGACCCUCGGUCGCCGGUCGACCGGGCGAUUUGCUCGUCAGCGGCGGAUUCUCCCGCUCCCUCGGCGAAGGCGCCAGCUCCGUCGGCGUCUGGGACGACAGCCAGCUGGACCCGCUGCCCGUCGCGCACCUCGGCGGGAUCCUCUCGACGAUCUUCGACUCCAAGUUCUGGGGCAGCGGCGCCAACGGGCGCUCGGGGUCGAUGAAGGCCUGGACGGGGAUCAUCGGCGUGACGGGCGACAUGCUGCCCCUCGUCGGCCGCCUCGGCUCCAGGCUCACGGGCCGCAAGCCCGACCUCCCCCCACAUAAGCGCAGCAGCGCCGACCGCGGCAUCGUCAGGCCCGGCGAGUGGAUAUCCGCGGGAUACUGCGGCGACGGCAUGGUCUGGGCCUGGAUGUGCGGCACCGCACUCGGCGUCAUGCUGUCGGGCACCGAGCUCGACAAUGUGGUGGGCGAAGUGGGGAGGCCGGACGGGCCGCUGGAGUCGUGGUUCCCGGCCCCCGAUCUGGCGCCGUCGGCUAAGAGGCUUAAGAACGCUAGGCUCGAGAACCUCGCCGAUCGGUUCAUCUAGGCUGCGAAUCGAAAGGUUUGGGAGCCUGUGGUGGGGGAGAAAGAGGAGAAGAAGGGGGAGUUGGUGAAGAAGGUGGUUGGGGCCGUGGGAAGGCUGCCGGG